UUUACCAAACAACUGUUCUAUUCCCUACACGAUUCCUUCAGUGAUGUUUAUGUAAUAUUCACAAUGCGUUUACUAUCGCUCGUCUCUUUACUUAUCUUGGUAGCGGCGGUGGUGGCAAGGAGCAAGGUUCAGAGGACUGCGGCGUUGACUGAUCAGCUGGGGCAGGAGGUCAUCGAGAUACCUGGACCUAUCAGAGACCUCCCCCAAGGCGUGGACGAGGAGCCGGCUCCUGAGAAUGACCUGGUGAUGGGCGCGCAGACCAUCGCUCCGAAGACCACCACGGAUAGCCAGCUGGUGUAUGCGAUGAACCGCACGCGGCGCUACAGGCAGGGUGCUGACGAUGAGGAGGCGCGGCUGCGGAAGGAGCUCGACGAGGUCUACAAGGAUGACGAUUACAAGAACGACCCCACAACUACAACCGACUCCACGACCGAACACCCCACCUCCACUUCCGAAGCACCCCCCACCACGCCCGGAGCCUCCGAGAGCACCACCGCCUGCGCCAACUGUACCAACUACGAUGCAAUCAUGGACGAGAUAUACCAGCCAGAUGAGGAGGAGAAAGCGAUUCUGCGGGCUAAUAUCGGCCGCCAGAAUAAUGAGGAUCUGUUCCAGUUCCAGCCACGCAACGCCCAAGACCCCGCGGAGGUGGCGCGGUUCCGCACGGCCAAGGAUGACGUCGCCUGCGACAAACGCCAGCGCGCCUCCGACCUGCCCGGCGGGGAGGGUGAAGGGUGGGAGACGACUGAACUACCAACAAUGAAGAAGAAUGCAAGUUCCAUCUUCGUCAAUAUUUUCGUAAUGAUAUCUGCUCUUUUAUCUUUGAUCCUGCGCUAGUUAUAGCUAUCCUUUAUAGAUCUAUUGAUAAACUAUUAGGUAAUUUAUGUUGUGAGGGAAAAUUCUUGUCUAUAGGUUUUUGAAAAAUAUGUAUUUUGGUAAUAAAAUAAUUUCAUAAUAUAAGAAUUUUAAACUAAUCAUCA